AUUCGUUUCAGUUCUGUAUUCACAGAACCGAAACCGAGAGGAGGAGAAAAAGAAAGGAGAAGAAGAAGAAGUCGCCGCCAUCCUUUUGUUCCGCCGCCGUCCGUCGCCGACCGCCCUCGCCGUUGUUCCUCGUCGCCGUCUGCCACUUUAGCCAUUAUGUCAUAUCGACGACCAAAUUUUAUGGAGACGGACGAUAUGUUCCUCCAGUUUGAGGACGAUUUAGAUAAUAACAUCGCGGGAGGGUCAUCAUCUGUGGGCGACAAUACGGGGUCUUCUUCUCAACAAACGACUCCGACUCCUAGGAGACGUGCGCAGUCUCGACUCUUGGAGUUAGAGCGCCACGUUGCAAUAAAUGGGCGCAUUCCGAUGACGAUCGCCCCUGGAGCGGAGAAGCCUAUUUCUCCACACGCCGUUCGCUUCAGCCAGGCGAUAGGCGUGUGCGUGCGAAAGACAUUUCCCGUCCGCAAGUGGAAGCUAUGAAAAAGAUGAUUGAAGACCUAACUCGUGCACAACAGGGACCACCACAUGAUCCCUAGCUUCAUUAUGUUUAUGUUUUUUCUAUAUUGAGAACUAUAUUUUGUUGUAGUCAACUUAUUCGUAUUAUUAAUUUUAAUUCUAUUUUUUUAA